AUGGCAGCGCGCCCCCCGCCCGCGCCCCCCGCCCGCGCCCUCCUGCUCGCCCUGGCCGGGGCUCUGCUGUCGCCCCCCGCGGCCCGAGCGCUGAGCCCGGGAAGCAAGUUAGCCCCCACCAUGCAGCCGUCUGGAAGAAGGGGCCGCGGGGGAGCUUAUGAAGUUGUCCGUGUUUCUCUCUUGAAUGGAGAUCUCUGGGACCCGAUGGAGAGUGUCCACGCAAAGAAUCAUCCAGAAGUAUUGAAUUUUCAAAUACAACUGGGAAGCAAAGAACUGAUCAUACAUCUGGAAAGAAACGAAGGUCUCCUUGCUAGCAGUUUCACAGAAACUCAUUAUCUGCAAGAUGGUACUGACAUCUCCCUCAGUCGAAAUCACACGGGUCACUGCUACUACCACGGACACGUGCAAGGACACUCUGGUUCCACCGCCAGCUUCAGCACUUGCUCUGGCCUCAGGGGACUUAUUACAUUUGAAAAUAACACCUAUAUCUUGGAACCAAUGGAAAGUGAAACAAACAAAUACAAGCUCUUCCCGUUGGAGAAGCUGAAGGGCACGUGGGGGUCCUGCGGGUCACAUCACAGCACGUCUGCGCUCCCUGCAGGGAACUGGCUCCCACCACCCUCCCGGACGUGGCCAAGAAGGCAUAAAAGAGAAACCCUCAAGAUGACCAAGUACGUAGAGCUGGUUAUCGUAGCAGACAACAGGGAGUUUCAGAGGCAAGGAAAAGAUCUGGAAAAAGUUAAGCAGCGAUUAAUAGAGAUUGCUAAUCACGUUGACAAGUUUUACAGAUCCCUGAACAUUCGGAUAGUGCUGGUGGGCGUGGAGGUGUGGAAUGACAUCGACAAAUGCUCCAUAAGUCAGGACCCGUUCACAAGCCUCCAUGAAUUUCUGGAUUGGAGAAAGAUGAAGCUUCUACCUCGCAAAUCACAUGACAAUGCCCAGCUCAUCAGCGGGGUUUAUUUCCAAGGGACGACCAUUGGCAUGGCCCCGAUCAUGAGCAUGUGUACCGCCGAGCAGUCGGGAGGGAUCGUCAUGGACCAUUCAGACAGCCCCCUUGGCGCCGCCGUGACCCUGGCACAUGAGCUGGGCCACAACUUCGGGAUGAACCACGACACGCUGGAGCGAGGCUGUGGUUGCAGCGUGGCUGCCGACAAAGGAGGCUGCAUCAUGAACCCCUCCACAGGGUUCCCAUUCCCCAUGGUGUUCAGCAGCUGUAGCAAGAAGGACCUGGAGGUCAGCCUGGAGAAGGGCGUGGGGAUGUGCCUCUUCAACCUGCCGGAAGUGAAGCAGUCUUUUGGGGGCCAGAAGUGUGGGAACGGCUAUGUGGAACAAGGAGAGGAGUGUGACUGCGGGGAGCCUGAGGGAUGUGUGAAUCUUUGCUGCAACGCCAGCACGUGCACCCUGAAGCCGGACGCCGUGUGUGCCCAUGGGCUGUGCUGCCAAGACUGCCAGCUCAAACCGGCGGGAACAGCAUGCAGGGACUCCAGCAACUCCUGCGACCUCCCAGAGUUCUGCACGGGGGCCAGCCCGCACUGCCCCGCCAACGUGUACCUGCAUGACGGGCACCCGUGCCAGGGGGCGGACGGCUACUGCUACAACGGCGUCUGCCAGACCCACGAGCAGCAGUGCGUCACACUCUGGGGACCAGGUGCUAAACCUGCCCCUGGGAUCUGCUUUGAGAGAGUCAACUCUGCAGGUGACCCGUACGGCAACUGUGGCAAAGACUCCAAGAGUUCCUUUGCCAAAUGCGAGAUGAGAGAUGCUAAAUGUGGAAAAAUCCAGUGUCAAGGAGGUGCCAGCCGGCCCGUCAUUGGUACCAAUGCCGUCUCCAUAGAAACAAACAUCCCGCUGCAGGAAGGAGGUCGGAUUCUGUGCCGUGGGACCCACGUGUACUUGGGCGAUGACCUCCCGGACCCCGGGCUGGUGCUUGCUGGCACCAAGUGUGCAGAUGGAAAAAUUUGCCUCAAUCGUCGCUGUCAAAACACAAGCGUCUUUGGCGUUCAGGAGUGUGUGAAGCAGUGUCACCAAAGAGGGGUGUGUAACAACCGCAAGAACUGCCACUGCGAGGCCCACUGGGCACCUCCGUUCUGUGACAAGUUUGGCUUCGGGGGAAGCACAGACAGCGGCCCCAUCCGGCGAGCAGAUAACCAAGGUUUAACCAUAGGAAUUCUGGUGGCCAUCCUCUGUCUUCUUGCUGCUGGAUUUGUCGUUUAUCUGAAAAGGAAGACAUUAAUUCGCCUGCUGUUUACAGAUAAAAAAACCACCAUUGAAAAGCUAAGGUGUGUGCGCCCUUCGCGGCCGUCUCGCGGCUCCCACCCUGGUCAGGCUCACCUCGGCCCCCUCAGCAAAGGCCUGAUGAGGAAGCCGCCACAUUCCAGCAUGUCGAAGGACAAUACCAGGAGAUGGCCCCCAUGUCAGAACGUGGACAUCAGCGGGCCCCUCCGAGCCCAUGACGCCCCUCCACCCACUUCUCCUCAGCGAGUGCUCCCGCCCCUCCAGAAGGUUCCUCGUGCGCCCCUCGUCCCCGCCAGACCCCUGCCGGCCAGCCCUGCACUCCGGCAGGCCCAGGGAACUCGAAAGCCAAACCCUCCUCAGAAGCCUCUGCCUGCAGAUCCUUUGAGCAGGACCAGCCGGCUCGCCAGGGCCCCAGGACAGCAGGAGGCUGGGCUCCGCCUGGUGCCCCUCAGACCCACUCCCAAGCACCCCCACCAAGUGCCCAGGCCCCCCCACACCACCUACACGAAGUGAGAAGCAAGUCGACACCUUUUCUCGACAGCGAAGACAGAAGUUUGCACUAUCGUUCAACUCCAGUUGGAGUUUGGUUUUUUGUACCAACUUAAUAGAACUUUUUUAAAAAUGUCUAAAACACCCGUAUUCUCCAAACUCGAGCUACUGCCGUCGGUGCUGUGCUGUGCUAUGGUGCUCUGUACACUUGCUCAGGAACUUGUAAAUUAUUAAUUUAUGCCCGAUGCUGGCUCCAGUGCAGUGCGCUGCGGGAGGCAUUUUUUUUUUUUUAAACCCAUCACUGAGUUUUCCAUGGAAGGAAGCCUUGUGCGCUUUCAGUAGUUCAGUGAACUUGAAAUCUCAUGCUGCAUGGGAUUCUGGACAGGAGGUUGUCUUUUUGAUCGAGGCUUUAUUGGCAGAACGGUUCUCCAACAAUCGCUCCAGGGCUAUGGUCAUGGCACAGACCCAGCUCAGGAGCCCCCAGGCAGAACCUUGAGUGAUUCUCUGGAACCCCCGAUGAUCCCAGCCCAGGGCCAGGGGCUUCACGUCCAGGCUGGGGCUGGGCUUUCAGGGAGCCCCUGGGCCUCAGCCCUCCAGCAGCCACACCUUGAAGGUCCAGGAUAGAAGGGGAGGCCCUGGCUUCUGGCCGGGAGGGUCUGGAGAGAACCUGAGCCAGGGCACAGACUGGAACACAAGGCCAGGCAGAAACUUGACCUUGAGCUCACAGGCCUUGAGCACAUUUGGAGAGCAGACAAAAACCACUGCUUUACAGAAACACUGCCCUUCCCACGAUGCUGUGGCCUCAGCACCUUGUUUAGAUGGGGCAGGGGGGUAUUUGUGCAAGUGGGCUACACCCAGGCACUGCAAGCCUCCAGCCCCCUGGGACUGCUUGGAGCUAAGCAAAUUACCACCUUAUCUUCUCAACUGUAAUACAAUGAUUCUGUGUUCGGACAGAUAGAUGAGGCUUUCCAUGGGACCGUAACUAUUUUCAGAUGUGAACCAGUAACCAGAUCUAGUGAAUCAAUGUUGUAGAUAAAAAUCUCUCCUUGCAAAAUUCAGCUUAUUAAAAAUUAGGCAGACUCCCUAUGCCCACAGAAACUACAACCAAACAGAACGCCGUGUGGCCGGCUGUGUCUACCAUCCAUUUAAGUGACUUGUCAGUUAUUUUGGGGGCAUUCUGUGUUCCCAGCCUGGCUGCGGGACUCUCUCAAAGAUGUUUUCAGCAUGUCUGAAUUCUUUUUUUUUAACGCUCGCAACCCACCUGUUGAGCAUCACAGAAUGUGAUAAGGAAAUCAAUUCUUAAUCCUAAAUAUUCAUGAAAUGUGGUCUUGGGCAGCGGCUCCUUCAACAUUUUGCUCUUCAAGUGUCUGACUGGGGAGACGUUUUCACAAAGAGAUCUUGAAGUUGCCUAUAUUAAUGGCACGAAAAUUACAAAAAUCCUCAGACAAGGUAAAAAUGCCAUUACGCCUGUGUUGUAGUCGGGUCACAUGUGACUCCUUUUCACACUCGAAAGCAGUUGACCACAGUUCCGUAAUUCACUCCGAGUACUUUAUGAUAAAGACUUCAGGGGGUGUCAUUUCAGCAGUUUGCCUGCACCUUGAAGCACAGAGACCAGGAAUAGACCAAGAAUCAGCUUGCCUUCCGGAAAACACUCACCCCUUGUUCCCCACUGUAUCUCGGCAACAUAGUACUCAUGGAUCACGGAUAGACUAAAUAAAUCCGUGUCACAAACACACAAAACGGAGCCCAGAUCUGAUACAUUCCAACCCCUAUAGAGUAUGUCUAUCAUACAAUUAUUAUUUUCUUAAAAAGGCAAAGCCAUGUUAGAAAGUAUUACUGCUGAAUAUCUACAGAAUUACUGUAAUUGAUAGUACAUUUGGUAACUGUAUCAAGGCCAAAACACAUGCUGUUGAAAAGUUUACAGAAUUUUCAUGGUGCGUUAUGUGGGUACUGUCUUUACAGGUGCCCAGAUUCUUAGAUCUGUCAUUCUGCCCCUCCUCCUAUUAUCAGGAAGAGGAUGUGAAUUUUGUCUUUUUUGUCUGUCCUUAGCUAGAAUUCCUAUGUUUCCAUUUCAGACAACCAGGAAUAGAUUGGUAUUAAAAAAGGUUAACGCUGUGAUCUUCUGAUGACACGAGUCAUCAGUGGUCAUUUAGGGGCGGCAGCUGAUGACACAGCCCUCUCUCUGCAGCCCAAAUUGUGUUUAUAGAGCCGUACGAGUUAUUAUUGAGUACGAACAUGUUUAAACCUAACAUCCCUUGACAAAUAUAGAUAUUAAAGGAACAAUACUUCCAAGAUACAGUAUGUAUCAACUGAUGCAUUUUAGCAUACGUUCCAUUUUAAUAUAACUAAAGAACCACAGUCAGGGAUUUUUUUGAUGGGGGGAGGGGGGAAGCAGUGGGGAGGUGUACCUCUCCCUUUUUAUAUGCUUAUAGAUGAUCGAAACAAAAAAAUCAAUGCUUUUAUUUCCAUGGCAGUCGAUUUUUAAUAUUUUAAAUGUUUUAUAGGCAUGAAUGAGGGUUGAUUUGAGUUUAUAAGGCCAUCACUAAGAAAUUUAACGUGCCUAGACCCAAAGCAGGUUCUGAGGGUUGUCACUUUCCUUCCCCUGUCUUGUUAUCAUUGUAGCUUACAUGACCCAAGUGGUAAGUGACCGGGAAGUAUAGGGCUAAUCUUCCAGGCAUUCUCUUUAAAAGUUUAUCUCCUGAAUUUUUUGGUAACAGUUUGUUUCCCUGACACAUGGAAUCAGAUGUGUAGCAACCAAGAGAAACAAUGCAUAACAUUUUCCAUUGUCCGAAUAUGCAUACAGAGGUUACACUUCCCAGUGUGAAUUUUCCAGCUUACACAUGUGGGAUGACAUCACAGAAACCACAAAAGCAACAAAUUAAACUACAUGAGCAUAAAUACUCCUGACCGGUCUCAGAGGGGACAUUUUUAUGCCUUCUUAACUUUAUUAUGAAUUCUCAGGCUGAAACCACAGGCCAUUGUUCUCUGGCAAAUCAGUACAAUGCCAUCACUGCAUCCCCUCAAAGAAAAACAGCAAAAACUUUGAUCCGUGUCAAGCUGUGAUCUCCCCGGUGCUGCAGAGAGCCUGGUGCUGGGCGGGCUGGAAUACCCCAGCGCCUUCCUGCCAUCUCAGCUGAUGUUUACUAAGCAUUCUGAGCCAAUGCGACCCUAAUAACUAAAAGGGCAAGAUGCCUGGGCAGCUGGACUGGAUCUUUCUCACGCAAGCUGACCCCUGGGCGGGCUUUCCUCGUGAGGCUGAUUCCAUUGAAAACUUCUGCAAGGGAGGGCUCCCUUCAGUGUUCUGGAAGCAGCAGGCCCAGGGCAGAUGUGCUCUGGAGCUCUCUCCUCCCUGCUGUCAGUAGGACCCCGGGUAGCCACAAGUGACCCAGAUAAACAGGGUACCAGCCCUCUCCAGGAGUCUCCCAGUGCCGUGCUGACCCCUAGGUCUGACUCCAUACACUAUGGCUGACUGGUGGGCGACACUGCAGCUGCCAUCUUGUCCCUCCCCACCACCCCAGAGGCUGCCCCAGGCUGCUACAGUCACCCAUCCCCCCCCCCC